AGGUGACCAAAGCAUGGCGAUGCUUGGAGAACGAGGCGACACGCCAGAAAUGCAUGGAUAUCGUCGAGGAAGCAGAGGCCAUUGUAGCAAAGAGGAUUGAGGAACGGAAAAAGCAGCUCAAAAGAGAAGGCAAGGACACCCGCGUGGAUGAAGAUGACCCAGAGAAACUGAAACGCGCUGUUUAUGUCCAGACCAUGAAGCUAUUUGCAGAUAUGGAGCGCAAGAGGAGACAACAGGAGACACGCGACCAGGAGGAAAGAAAAAGAAAGCGAGAGGAAGAAAUUGAGGAGGAAGAGCAGAAGAAAGCCGAGAAAGAGUGGCAGAAGAACUUUGAGGAAUCUCGAGUGGACCGCGUGAACAGUUGGAAGGACUUUCAGAAGGGCAAGUCUGCAAAGAAAUUCAAAGGAUUUAAACCACCAAAGCACAAGGCUGAGGCAAGGGACUAGCAACAUAUGUGUGUAUAUAUGUGUGAGUGUGUAUAUAUAUAUACAUAUAUAUAGAUGUAUAUGUAUAUAUACAAAAAUUUAUGUUUGUGUGUGAAUGUAAACUUCUUUUUUAUCAUCCUUUUUAUUUUUCCUAAUUAUGAUGUAUGUCUUGUUAUCUUUUUGUAAUUUUUCUUUCUUUUUUUUUUUCUUUUUUAAGAAGGCCCACUGUCUCACAGUUGAUCACAUAACGUCACAUGAUGUUAAUGGCGAGGUAAUGAAGUCUUUAUUCUUUUCAUUAGAUGGUUACCUAGUCAUUCUGAGCAAUAGCUGAAUAUAUAUAUGUAUGUAAUGUGGAGACUUUUGAACUUUUGACAGGUUCUUUGUGAUCUUUAUAUUGGGGGAAUUUUUCUUUUGGGCUUAUUUUUCCAAAUCCCCCAAUCCGGAGGGGAAGAUUUAUUUAUAUAAGUUUUUUUUUUUCAUAAAGAUGUUACCUUGUUUUAUGAGAGAUGAUGGAAUUAUUUUUGGUUUUCAAAUAGGUUACUGUGGCAUUAGGUAAUAUUAUUUUUUAUCUUUAUUGACAAUUAUCUGUAUCAGAAUCAUUAAUAUUAAUGAUAGUAAAGAUAAUAAUAUUGGUAAUAUAUGCAUUCUUUCCACUCAUUGGCUUAUUGAAUGUUAUUAUCAUUAUUACUAUGAUUAUUAUUUUUUUUCUUAACACAGGUAAUAUUUUGCUUCUUGUAUAAAGCUUUUAUAUAAAUAAAUGACCAUAUUUAGCACUGAAACCCCUCAAAAAUGUCAUAUUUUUAUUUCCAAUUCCAUAUUGCAACUUCAUCCUUGUAUGUGGCACAGAUUACUGAUAUUUUCUCUUUCCUUUUUUUGUCAAUUAUUUAGCGAUUUUGAAUGGAAGUUUAGUUCUCCAUAAAUCAUAUUUUCUGCAACUGAUAUCAGAGGAAAAUCAUGCACAUCACUCUGCUAAAAUGUCACACAGAAUAAGUUUUCAUCGACAUUACCGUUCUACAUCUUUUCCCCUUUUUUCUUUAGCAGGAUUUUCAUUUGACAUUUUGUUAUGGAUUUUAGUACUUCUCUUGAUAAUUAACCCGUUGAUGACAGGUACAUGUAUCGUCCACUGUAGUUUUGUUUUGUGAAUUUUGUUGAUACACAGAUGGUCCUACAAGCGCUUAUUCACCCAGGAGUUAAUUGGUAGGCCAUACAUGACCUCACCCACUUGCCCCAUUCCUUGAGCGUUCAUUUUUUUCUUCUUUUUGUUGUUCUGCUUUCUUCUUUCUUAUGUCUUUUUCCUUUCUUCUUUCCUAUGUCUUCUCUUUCUUCUUUCCUAUGUCUUCUCUUUCUUCUUUCUACUUCUUUCUUUCUUAUUUUUGUUCUUCUUUUAUCUUUCUUACUGUUAUUAUUGUUGUCAUCAUUAUGAUUAUUUUGAUGCUAUGGAAAUGUUAACAGCAAUAAAAGAUUUUUUAAAAACUUUCCAAAAAUCAAGAAAAAGGGUAAACAGGUGAGAUGGAUAGAACUAAUAAUUCUCCUUAGCGACUAUGCUCUUGCGGAUCUAUUUGAGUAUAAACAAAAUUAAUAAACUAAAAAUGUCACAGUGGAUAUGGCAUAUAUUUAAGUGCCAUCCUGCCAUCAAUGGUUAAGGAAAAUUAUAGUAAUCUAUAUUAUUUAUUUAUAUUUCUUUCAAUUUUAUUUCAAAAAGAAAUCUCAUGCAGGCUAAAUUGUACUCAAGAUUUAUUUCUUACUCUUCUGUGUUUCUCUUUGAAGCUUUCAUAGAAUUUCUCUUUUUUUUUUCAUAAGGUACAUAUAUAUUGUAGUCGUAAAAAUUGAAAAAAAUAAUAAACCUAAAAAAUGUGGUCACCAGUCACUCUAAACCAUGAGUAAGAUUUUCUCAUGAUCAAUAAAUUGUUUUUUGAUUGCUGUGUGUUUCCAAAAUGAUGACAAGAUUUAUUGACUUUUUGCUGUUGUAAUUUCUAGUUUGAUAAAGUUAGAGAGAGAGGGGGGAAACAAAAAAAAGGAAAAGAAAAAAUCAUACAUUUUCUGAAUCCCAGCAGAUAUUUUUGUACAAAUACUUUUGAACAUAAAUAUGAAAAUGACAAGUAAUGUGUACUUGAUUUUGUCAGCCGUGUUCAAUAAAUUUAGACCUGUUGGUCCGGUAGUCAGCACAUUGUAUAUAUUGUCAAUCCUAUAAUGAUUGCAAGGAGAACACUGUGGCUUUGUAUUUUUUUUCUUAUUUUUUUUUCUUUUUUUUUCUUAUGACAAGGCAAGGUUUGUCUCUUGUAACAAAAUGUGUUUGGGAAAUCACAGCCAAAAAUAAAAACACUUGAACCCCA